AUGAAACACACCUCGCUAUUUCUUCUUACUGCGUUCUUUUUCUCCAUCGCGAGAGCCACAUACUACUGCAACUCUUCAUCAACAUGUCCAGACGACUACCCAUGUUGUUCCCAGUACGGGGAAUGUGGAACAGGCAAUUACUGCCUCGGUGGAUGUGAUCCUAGAUUCUCCUACAACAUCAGCUCGUGCAUGGCCAUGCCGGUGUGUAGAGACAUCGAUACCAACUUCACCUCUUUGGACAUUUUGGAAGAUAGUUCCUACUACCUGGGAAACUCAUCAGAAUCCGAUUGGAUCUACUCGGGUUAUCUUCUGGAAUACGAAGACAGUUUGGUGCUGGCGAUGCCCAACCAAUCCACCGGCACUGUGGUUUCGUCCACAUUCUACGUGUGGUACGGAAAAGUGUCUGCCAGAUUCAGGUCUUCCAGAACUGCCGGUGUGGUUUCUUCUUUCAUCCUGUUUUCCAACGCCCAAGAUGAAAUCGAUGUGGAAUUCGUGGGUAGCGAGCUCAAACAGACCCAGACCAACUUCUACUUCGAAGGCAUAUUGAACUACACCAACGGUCUCUAUCUCAAUACCUCCAACACGUUCAGUGAAUGGCACGACUAUGAGGUAGACUGGACCGAAGACGAAAUUACCUGGUAUAUUGACGGAGAGGAGAAGAGAACGUUGAGGAAAGAAGAUACCUAUAACGAUACAUCCGAUACAUACAUGUUCCCACAAACGCCUUCCAGAAUACAGUUCUCUCUUUGGGCUGGUGGAGACUCCUCCAAUGCUGCGGGUACAAUCGAGUGGGCCGGUGGAGAAAUUGACUGGGAUGCUGAAGACCUGACCGAUCCGGGCUACUUCUACUCCAUGCUUCAGUCCAUCUCUGUUGAAUGUUACGAUCCGCCAAGCUACACCAACCAGAAAGGUUCCAAGGCGUACGUGUAUAACAGUUCUUCGGAAUUCCUUUCGGAAAACAUCGAGAUCACCAAUGACCGCACUUAUCUAUACUCUUACGAAGGAAGUGGCCUCGAUCCUGACGCAGGGAAGGUAUCCUCCUCCUCCACGUCGAAGUCAAGCUCAAAAACCAAAUCGAAAACUACGUCAUACAAGAAAACCACCGUCACCUCUUCGGGAAAGACUGAGGUGCUCUCCACGGCAGUGACAUCAACGAUUGUCGACGAUGGUAACUUUUACCAAAGUGCAGAAGGGACUGGUUCCACCAGCCAAACCGACGGUGCUUCCUCAAAGAACGAAGCCACCCCUAUGCAAAAUUCACUUUUGGGACUGACUUCUUUAUUUCUGGGGAUUUUGAUGAUCAUAUAA